AUAAGAAUGUCUAUGUUGUUUUACCGACAGCCGCUAAAAACAUUUGCCAGAUCUCUACGUCGGUAAUGCAUAAAAAUUUGUUUUAUCAUCCACGACCAUUCGCAGAUAAACAGUAGUUGCCUAGAGUGAGUGCACAAGUGAUACCUCGCAUAAGUGAGUCGUCGAAGACGUCGCUGUGACGUCUCGUCCGUUCCACGUUCCUUCCUUCGCUCCAGGCUCCGAGCAGUCCGAGCUCCGACGGCCAGGUGCAUCUGUGGUGGUGCGGUGGCCCUCGACCGAGUCGUGUGUGCGCCAGAUCCAUCGAUUUAACGGGAACACAAAAUAAGAUGCUACGUCGUCUCGCCGUACGUCGCGCGUCCGGCCGUGUCGUGGAGCAGCUGACGGCAUCGUGCGCGAUUGCGGACAGGAUUGUCGGGCGCUAAGGACGUUAUGGGAAGAUGGUGAGGCAGUUCGGUUACCUCGGCCACUGGGAGCAUGGGUUCGCAAACGCUGGAGAUCCUGAGACAGGGCGUCUGGGCGAGCCUGACGGGCGGCUGGUUUUACGAUCCGCAUCUCGACGUUUUCUCCAACACGUUUCACCUCUACGUCUGGCUGUUCCUGCUCUGCCUGCCGUUCACGAUCUACCUGUAUUUUCCUCCUACGUUGUACGUCUGGUUGGCGUACUGUUCGUCAUUCAUCGCCGUUUUCGGAACGAUAAAAUGUGUGAAUCAUGCUCUGCACUGCGUAUAUGAUACCACGGAAUGCCUGGAGGAGCCCAAUCAAACCAUCAGCCAGCAGAAGUCGGAGGGCGAAAAGAAAUGGGCGGGCACACACAACAAAUCUAGGGAACAGUCGCAAGAUCAGACUGGUCAUGGCAUAGAGUUGCAGGUUUUGAAUGGUAAAACGGACACACCACCUGUAGAAUGUUCUUCACGUAACUCGUUUAUUGAACCAAAUAUACAGAAUUCCGACGCGGAUAGCAUAACGUCUGAAUACACUCGGGAUAAAGCUAGCUCGACUAUAGAUUUGAAGGUGGAAAUACACAGGAAAAACAGUUCGGAAAGUUCAGAAGAAGCGCAGCAGCUUAGUAAACCAAUGAUAACCAGCAUUAACGUGCAUGAAGCUGAAUUAGUUUCUGCACAAUACCACGAGCCACGUUCUAAGAAUAUUAUAAAUGAAUGGAAAUUGAAACGGCAAAAGUGUGUGGUGAUAGCGGAGGAAGAUCGACCGCGUAAACUGUGCCGGCAUUCGUCCGAGGAAUCUAGAAAUCGACAUUCGAAACAGAGCAAUCUUGGUAAAACAGGAUCCGAGAGUCAGAUAAAACAGACUAGCUCGUUAGAAUUGACGAAUCAUCGUCACAUCGGCGAUGAUUAUCCAUACUGGAUGCUCAAUCGAAGCGUUCGCAGACUCAAUUCCAAUUCCGUAUCAAAGGCACGCUUGACGAACGAUCAUCCACAGAGCUUAGAAAUCAUAUCGAAGAAGGGGGAUACGGACAACAAUAAGAUCUCGUCUCAUCCGCAAUCAUUAGAGGUUAUUACCAAGAAACCGCACCAGCAACUGAUACAUCCGCAAAGUCUUGAAAUAAUUGGCGCUACUAGUAAAAAUAUAAGCAGCACCGAUGACAAUAACCUGCCUCUUCAUCCUCAAAGCCUCGAGACGAUUAAUACCAAAAAGGUUUUACCGCAAAACACAUUGAAGAGAAACCAGCUACAGCUCUUACCGUAUCUUAGUUUCGGAUCCGAAAUAGUUUAUCCGAUAGCGGAACAGAGCGAUGAGCAAUUCGCCAAUGAGAGUUCAGAAGAGUUUAGCUUGUGCGAUUCCUACAGUCCAUUGCUGACGCGGAAAAACAUAAACGAUGCGAGCGCUACAUCUAAUCGAGACAGAAGUCUCAGCGCUGGCAGAUUUGAAGAUAGAUUUUCGAGGUUUAACGACGAUAAUGGAAUAGAUAACAAUUCAGCUAAUUCUCGAGAUGCUUUAAUAGAAGAGUCAAAGUCUAGAGGAGUAAAAAGAAGAUACAGCAACGCUAAUCAGAACAACCAUGAGUUUUCGGACGGUGAGAAAAGUAAGGAGAAACGACGAGAUAAAUCUAAAAACGUUCAAGACGAUCCACUCAAUUCGGGGAGCAUAGUUGGAAUAGAUUGGCUGUUCGAGAGCGGGGAUUGCUCUGUGGAACCAUGGACAAGUAAGAUAUUUUGGACUUUCACUCGCUCCGAUGAUACGGAUACGUCAGAAAGCCUACAGACGGCUAGUACAGAUUAUCUUCAUUCUAAAGAGCCCGAUUCGGGAUCGUCCAGUACAACGACCCUCAGCAUCGAGAACGAGGUGAAACGGAAUUUGCUGCCGCAGCUCGAGGUGGACAACACCACUAAGCGUCACCAGGGAGCGAUUCCCAAGCAGAGCCGUCCAAAACCCACGUCGUCGGACGUCGCGGACGACAGUAUUGUGUCGAGCGUUGAGCAGCAGCCGCGAGAGAAUCUUAAACGUUACAUCGAAGUACGACGGGAGAGGACUAGGAGGCGGGAUAGUACCAAAUUUGAGCAAACAAGCGGUUCAAAUCACGAAUUAAGCACGUUGCUGCCGAAUCCGGCGUCUCCGUUGCUGGCCGCGUUACUAAACAACUCUGGUCGAGAUCUGCCCGGUCAGUCGAGUACCGCAUCGUCCGACUUGCGACUCAGUCGCAAUUCCGAGAAGCGACACUUUCGGACCAGGUACGGUCGACUAAAACGGUCCAACCGAACUCACCGCGUUCGGUCACGCAACAUCGCUAAUCGUGACGAUAAUGUUGUGCCGUUAACCGCGCUGUUCGGCUUAAUUUCGAGUGGCGAGUGUCACUUAGCUACCAAUCAGAAUGACACCUCGGAAGGAGCGGUACACUACUUUCGUGACGAUAACGGCCACUGGUUGGCUUACACGUUCGAUGAAAAAGGUUUGGACAUGGCCGCCGCAGCCGCGGCGACGGCAGCACAGAUACCCACCAAUCCGCACAACGAAAAGUUAUUGAAUACGUUGCUGCGCCAGCAAAUCAACCAGAGUAUACAUUACGACGCGAAUUGGGAGCUUGCAGACUCGCUCAGUAACAGUUAUAGUAGCUUGUCGCUUAAUUCCGCUGGACUGACGGUAAUAAUCGACACGCCACCGGUGCUGUCAAGCCCAGCGAGCAAUCAGACCAAGACGCAAAGUUCACCGCCUUCGAAUUUGAUCUCUUCGAACACGGGUAGCUCGAAUCAGUGCACCCUCGGCGAAAAUUCGGAGCGCGAGCCGUUCCAUCAUACGCUGAUCGCACGCUCAGACUCGAUGGCGGACCGGAAUCGCAGGCUGCAGAAUCUCCUGGGCAAUCUGCAUCUGAAUCAGUAUCAAUCGGAUCUCAAUGGACGCAUGCCAGUAUUGACAUUGCCAACGCAUCAAGAACCCGACAUAAACACCAGUCUGUCGUGGAAUCGCUUCGUCGAUGGUUUAGACGGCUCUGAUUCUAAGCCCAAGCAAACUAGACACUAUUAUAAGUGCAAGAUCGGCAGACUGCCACACAUUAAAAUACGUUUUGACCGUCUCGCCCUAUUAGCUUUACUCGAUCGCAAUCUGACCGUACUUGAAACCAUCGUUUCCACAUUUCUAGCGGGCGCAGUUGCAGGCCUGGGUCUUCUACUGCUUCAACAGGGUUUCUACCGGGACAUCUUCGCGUUCAUAUUCUGCUUCGUGACAGCCGGAUGCCAGUACUCGCUGCUCAAGUCGGUCCAGCCCGAUGCCGCGUCACCCACACACGGCUUCAAUCGCGUUAUAGUGUUCUCCAGGCCCGCGUAUUAUAUCUUGUGCUCGAGUCUGAUUUUGAUUCUCAACGAGACGCUUAGAAACUUCAAGUCGUCCGACUUUCGGGUAUACGGAUUGCGCGUCGCCGAUUACGAUCUCAUACUGCAAGUUCGAAACGUUCUACUGAUAUUUCUGCUGUGUUUUCCGAUCGUAUUCUCGUUAGGACUAUUUCCGCAAAUCAAUACAUUUCUGAUGUACGUCUGCGAACACCUGGACAUUCAUCUGUUUGGCGGCAACGCGACCACAAGUCUGGUGUCAUCAGUGUAUUGUUUGUGCCGCAGCGUGAUCGCGGUUCUCAUCCUCUAUGGAUUCGCCUACGGCGCUCUUCUCGAACCCAAGUCCUCGCAGCACAUCUUAUUCUCCAUAUUUGUCGGUCUGCUCGUCGCAAUAUCUUAUCAUCUGAGCCGAUCAUCCUCGGAUCCCUCCGUAAUAUGGGACAUCCUCAAAGCGAAUUUAUGGCCGCCGGAGAUAGGUGACAGAUACACGGAGGAGAAAGAAGCAAAAAUUAUUGAAAAUACAUCGUCCUCACAGCCCGACAAUAUGGCCACGACUUACAAAGAGACCAAGAGCAAAACGUCCGGCAGGAAGAAAGACGUGAAGAUCAAGGUGGGCGAGCAGAUGUCGGACACCGAGCUGGUGGACCCUCUGCCAGAGAAGUUACGUUCGACGGUGAACUCCAGAUUAAAGAACGAUCUGAUUGUGUGCGCGGUAAUCGGCACCUUGUCUUUCGGGAUUCAUCGUACGACAGUGUUUACCGCCUUACAACCGGAGCUCAAUCCGGUACUCUGGAGUAUUGUGAGCUGCUUGGGCUUUUUGCUACACUACAUCGUGCCGCAGCUGCGCAAGCAGCUACCGUGGCUGUGCCUUUCGCGACCGGUACUGCGCAGUCACGAGCACGCGCAAUUCGAAGUACGCGAACCAGUGAGGAUAAUGUGGUUCGAGAAGGCCUACGUGUGCCUGUGUUUUCUGGAACGAAACGUGCUCUAUCCGGUCGUCUUCCUGGGCGCACUCACGGAAUGUUCGUCAAAGAUUGCCGACAAGUUUGGCGAGAACGUAGGCGCGCUCAUCGUCGUCGUGUGUGGCCUCAAGUCGCUCAGAUCAGCGUACUCGGACCCGUCCACCCGCUACCUCGUUCUCGUUUUCGCAGUGCUCUUCUUCCAACUUGAUUUCAGCAACUUGAGCGAGACCUUCCUGGUGGAUUACUUCGUCACGGGGAUCGCAUUCGCGAAGAUCUACGAGCUGCUGCUCAAAAUCCGUUUCGUCGUCACGUACAUCGCGCCCUGGCAAAUCACCUGGGGUAGCGCGUUCCAUGCGUUCGCCCAGCCCUUCUCCGUGCCACAUUCCGCGAUGCUCUUCCUUCAAGCCGGUAUCUCGGCAAUGCUUAGCACGCCCCUGAAUCCGCUGCUGGGUAGCGCGAUCUUCAUCUCGUCCUACGUGCGGCCAGUCAAGUUCUGGGAGAGGGACUACAAGACCAGAAGGGUCGAUCACUCGAACACGCGUAUGUCUUCGCAUUUGGAGCGUAAUCUGGGCGCCGACGACAACAAUCUCAACUCGAUAUUUUACGAGCAACUCACGCGCUCCCUCCAACAUAGUCUAUGUGGCGAUCUUGCGCUCGGCCGAUGGGGAAACGUAGAGCAGGGCGAUUGCUUCUUGCUCGCGUCGGAUUACCUAAACUGCUUAGUGCACAUAGUUCAAUUAGGUAAUGGGCUAGUGACGUUCCAGUUAAGAGGUCUCGAAUUCCGAGGAACAUAUUGCCAGCAAAGAGAGGUGGAAGCAAUUUCGGAAGGUAUCGAAGACAACGACAAUUGCUGUUGCUGCGAAAUGGGUCAUCUGUCGAACGUGCUUAGCGUGAACGCGGCCUUCAGCCAACGUUGGCUUGCCUGGGAAGUCGCAAGCGCUAAAUACGUGCUCGAGGGUUACUCGAUCUCCGACAACUCGGCGGGUUCUAUGUUGCAGGUUUUUGAGUUUCGAAAAGUACUGGUUACUUACUAUGUCAAAAGUAUUGUCUUCUAUGCCGUCAAAUCGCCCAAGUUGAAGCAGUGGCUGGAAAAUCCGGAUAUCAUCGACGCACUGAAACCGACACUCGACAAGAACUUCGUCGAUCUCGAUCCCGUCUUCAACGUAAAGAUCGACGAGGACUUUGAUUUCCGUGCGAGCGGUAUCACGCGGAGCAACUUUUGCAAUGUUUACCUUGAUUGGAUACAAUAUUGCGCUGGUAAACAAGAUAAGUCACUAGAUAGAACACGCGAUUCAUAUCUCGUGUCAUUGUGCCUCUCAUUAAGUCUGCUGGGAAGACGCGUGUUAGGCGCUGCAUCUCAUAACACGUUAUCAAACGUGGAAUUUUUUCUCUACGGAUUGCACGCGUUAUUUAAAGGUGAUUUUCGAAUAACAUCAGUUCGCGAUGAAUGGGUGCUGCACGAUGUCGAUCUGUUACGCAGUGUAGUCGCGAAGGGAAUACGAAUGGCCUUGAAAUUGCAUCAAGACCACUUUAUGAGUCCGGAACAGUACGUUGAAUCGGCAGCGCUUUUCGAGGCUAUCGACAAUCACGAUCAGAACAUCGUCAUCAGUCACGAAGCGGAUCCACUUUGGAGAAAUGCUGUACUGAGCGGUGCGCCCAGUUUACUGGCGCUCAGACACGUACUCGAUGACGGCAUAGACGAGUACAAAGUGAUAAUGCUUAACAAACGUUUUCUGAGCUUCCGAGUUAUCAAAAUGAAUCGCGAAUGUGUUCGCGGACUCUGGGCCGGCCAGCAGCAGGAGUUGGUAUACUUGAGAAAUAGAAAUCCGGAGCGCGGCUCGAUACAGAACGCCAAGCAAGCAUUGAGGAAUAUAAUUAAUAGUUCCUGCGAUCAGCCAAUCGGAUAUCCGAUUUACGUCUCCCCUUUGACGACCAGCUACGGCGAGACUAACGAACAGUUAUGCUCGAUAAUCGGAGGACCACUGACUUUUGGCACCAUAAAGAGCACUGUGUUAAAACUAUGGAGAAGAAUAAGAAGAAGAUGUGGUCAAGGUUGUUCCUCGGGCGGCACUGGCCCCCAAGACGACGGAGGCUUUGGAAAUGAUGGGGUAUACGCGAUGACUACGUACAACAUACAUUCUGGCUAUGCUCAAUCGGGUCACAACACUUCCGGCUCUCAGUCAAUGGAAUCUGGUUGUCAGAUCGGUGGUUCGACCGGUCGAGGUUCUCUCGGUCGUGCGAAUACGGGCUCUCUCAGUGGUAACAGAGGUUCACUAGCUUCCGUUGGGAAGCCAACCAGCUCGACACUCGCCAGUUUGGCCGGACUGCUCAGUAGUAAUGAUAUCAAAAUGGAGACCAAGAGCGAGACGAGCUUUUCCAGUAAACUGGAAAAAGAGGAAGUUUUCCAAAGAGUUCGUAUUAUGGACCCUAAUCAAGUAUACGAUGCCAUCAAUCUGGGCCGACGUAUAGAUGUGAUAUGGCCGGACGAGAGAAUGCGACAGCAGGGUGGUCGUUCCGGCUGGCAGCAUUGGGUGCCGGAAAGAGGUAUGGAGGGUUGCGUGGUUCAUCGCUGGUCACCGAACCAUCGCGAUCCUAAUCGACGAUCGCACGUCGACAAAGUUAUCUUGUUGGUGAAAAUCGAGGAUAAGUACGUGCCGAUAGCCGAGCAAGGUGUGCGAGAUCUAGGCGCGGAGGUUUAGCACAACGUCUCCGAAACGGAAGAAGCGAUACCGUACGGUCAUCGUUUUUGUACGCUUGCUCUGCCGACCUGCAGACUUGCGGUAUCACAUGUACGUCAACUACAGCCCAACAGCAGUGGUCUGGCUCUCGCUCGAAGAUGCGCGGUACCGACGAGACGCGAAAGUCUGGAUAUUAAUCUCUAACAAACGAACAAAUGUAUCAUAUUAACAAUAUCGAAUGCUAGUUACCUACUUCCACGAAGUCAAUACUCGCCAUUAGAUCGUAACUCGAAGGGACUCGGAUCAACGACAUGCUCAAUCACGUGAGACCCUUAACUUAUCUCGAUUAACAAGUUUUAUUAUGUGAUCACAAGUCACAACGCUUAAUAUUUUUUCUUCUUUUUCUUCUUUUUUUUAUCAGAGAGAGUCCGCGCAAUAUUUUUCAUUUGCUUCACAGAAGCAUUGCUCCUACUUUGUCCGUGUCUUAGCAUGUUGUCGCCGUAUACCCUUCCGAUUACGUUUCAUUUUUAAUGAUAUUGUACUUAUAGCAAGUUUUGCAGAUACGAUUCGAUGAUAUUCCUCCCUCAGAUUUAACGUCCCGUUUUUCCAUCUUUGACCGCCAUUGAAUCGCUAAAGUUUCUGCUUCUUGAACAUUUCGGACGCGAAAGGCAGAUAUAUUGCAAGAAUUAUAGAGACUGUACAGAAAGAGAGGAGAAAUGGAGAGAAAGAAAUAUAUGAGAAUAUUUUGUCACCUUGUAAGUCACAGAUACAUAUAUUGUUAUUUCCCGUGAGAGUUGCAUAAGAAGGUAAAAAACGCCAAUCGCCAAGUUAUUCAAUGCAAAAAACUGAAUUGUAUCAUGUUGUACCAUAUAUACUGUAUAUUAUAAUGAUAUAUUAGUUCAUUUAUGGAACGCGGAGCAGUUGUUACUUGUUGCCCAAUAUAUCUAGAUUAUUUACUAUUGGUUACUAUAGAGAAGGUAGCAGUCCGGGUGCGUGCGUUCCUCUUCCACUAAUCUAUAAUGUAAGUGCGAUAAUUGCCGAUCUAUAUAAUGUAAAUGCGACAUAUAUUUUUGGCGGUUGAUGAAAAGAGAAAAAAACGAAUUACAGAGUAGAGAAGUGUAUACUAUUUACAAAUAUGUAAUAAUGUAUCAUAUUAACGAGGUGGAAGUCUCUUUAAACUGUGCUGUGUUGUUAUAUAGAUUGUACACAGCGGGUACAACAACAAGUGGCAUCGAUAGGAUUAAUUAAUUGUACAUAAAAAUAUCAUUCGUGUUUUUCUACGAUUUUGUUACGAUUCUCUUUUUUAAAGGUAAGCAGUGUAGAUAAAUUGUAAAUAUACAUAUACGUCGCGCGAUAUACACACGCAUAUUAUCGCAGACGUCCUCGAAGCGUCCAGAAUCUAUUCUAUUUGAGCGUAUAAUUUUUUGCGGGGCCACAAGUCGCGCUCUGGCAGGACAUAUCCGCGUGCGUUAAAACAGCGGUGUCAUCUUGUUCAAUUCCCACGCGUUGUGCCCGUUCAAAAACUUGCGCUUGGUAUUACUUAAUUGCAAUUGCCGGAUUGUUAGUCGACAGUGCAUUUACGUUUGAUGGCGAUGUCUCGUUAAAUUACGUAUCAAAUGUGAAUGCAUUGAUAUAACGCCAUCGGGCAAUGAUCGAAGCGUCUGUAAUGUUAAUUAUCCUUAAAAGAUUAUUAUACGAAUCGUUUCCGCGUUUUUUUCUUUUUCUUCUAAUUUUGUAUAUAAUCUCUGUAAAUCAAUUCCUGCUUUAUUUGUUUACACUAUAAAUGUUAUAAACGAGUUGGAGACGUAGAUACUGGUUAUUUAAAUAAUAAGAAACGCAGGGUUGCUUGCAAAAAUUGCAUAAAUCCGAAGCACGUUCGUUCAUUCAUUGCUGCAUAGAAGAAAAAAAAUGUGUGUGUGUGUAUAUGUGUGUGUGUGUGUGUGUGUGUGUGUGCGCGCGCGCGCGCGCGCGUGUGCAUGUGCGUAUGUGUGUACGUAUACAUACACAUAUAUUUGGCAAAAAUUAGAAAAAAGAGGAAGAAAAACAGAAUUUUUUGCAAGUGACCACAAAAUCACAACAUUGCCUUAUCAUGGUGUCUUGAAAAACACCUGACUGAUGAUGAAAAAAAUUAUAGCUAGUCUUUAAUUGUUGGUAAACACAUUUACGUAUCGCUUGCUGCCGAAAGACGCAAGGGGGGAGGGGAGAGGAAGAAAAAGGUGCUCUUUCACCAGUCACAUGGAAUAAUCUAUUAUAUCUCUGGCCUACUAUAUCUUUAAUGGACAGUACUUUCGUACACACUGAUUGUACACAAUGAUCAACAAUAAAUGAGAAAUUGAAAUCUGA